AUGACUGAUAGUGCCCCCGGGUCUCCAUCUACUGCUAUCCCCUUGUCUCCAGGCGGUAGUGCUCUCUCAAAGUUGGGAUGCAUUCACCUCCGCCGCAAUCGGGCCAACGCCAUCGUUCCAGUCAAGAUCAUUCCUCUCCCAACCAAGACUGUGGAAGACAAACCAUCCACCGCCGAUCAGACCGCCACUAUCAAUGUAUUCACUACUCCGGGAGCUCCGAGCCUUGAGAUUGAAUUUGAGUUACCACCGGCGAAGGACUUGACUGAGGAGGAGAGAAGAAGCUCGUGGAGGCACGUGCUUGGGCAGAGGAGAAGAAGUAGCGUGUGGAUAUGGGUAGGAAGAAGGAUAUUACAAGCUAGAUGGAAAGUGGGAAGGGAAGAAAGUGGGAGGGAAGAAAAUGGCGGGGCUAGAGGAAUUUUUGUUUUGUGUAGAGUACGUGGUCUGAACACAUGA